GGGCCGCCCAAUGGGACGCGAGCUGCGCGGUAUUUGAAUCCUGGAACAGGGCGCUAUCGCCGAAGAGUCCCAGUGGUGCGGUCCCGGAGUGCGGCCUUAACGGCGCUGCGGACGCUAGUGCCCUCCCUCUGAGGUCCGCGUCCCUCCCUGGGCCGGUCUGGCACUCUUGGCUUCCCAGUUCCUCAUGGCGCUGCUCCGUCGCCCGACGGUGUCCAGUGAUUUGGAGAAUAUUGACACACAAAUUAAUUCUAAAGCUAAGAGUCAUGUGACUAUUAGGCGUGCAGUUUUAGAAGAAAUUGGAAAUAAAGUUACCACCAGAGCAGCACAAGUAGCUAAGAAAGCUCAGAACACCAAAGUACCAGUUCAACCCACCAAAACAACAAAUGGCAACAAACAGCUGAAACCUACUGCCUCUGUGAAACCAGUGCAGAUGGAAAUGUUAACUCCAAAGCGUCCUUCUUCCACACCCGAGGAUGUCUCCAUGAAGGAAGAAAACCUCUGCCAAGCCUUUUCUGAUGCCUUGCUCUGUAAAAUUGAGGAUAUUGACAGCGAGGAUUGGGAGAACCCUCAGCUCUGCAGUGACUACGUUAAGGAUAUUUACCAGUAUCUCAGGCAGCUUGAGGUUUUGCAGUCGAUAAACCCACAUUUCUUAGAUGGAAGAGAUAUAAAUGGACGUAUGCGUGCCAUCCUGGUGGACUGGCUAGUACAAGUCCACUCCAAGUUCAGGCUUCUGCAGGAGACUCUGUACAUGUGUGUUGCCAUUAUGGAUCGAUUUUUACAGGUUCAGCCAGUUUCGCGUAAAAAGCUUCAGCUGGUUGGGAUUACUGCUCUGCUCUUGGCUUCCAAGUAUGAGGAGAUGUUUUCUCCAAAUAUUGAAGACUUUGUUUACAUCACAGACAAUGCUUAUACCAGUUCCCAAAUCCGAGAAAUGGAAACUCUAAUUCUGAAAGAACUGAAAUUUGAGUUGGGUCGACCCUUGCCACUGCACUUUUUAAGGCGCGCAUCAAAAGCUGGGGAGGUUGAUGUGGAACAGCAUACUUUGGCCAAGUAUCUGAUGGAGCUAACUAUCGUUGACUACGACAUGGUACAUUAUCACCCUUCUAAGGUAGCAGCAGCUGCUUCCUGCUUGUCUCAGAAGGUUCUGGGCCAAGGAAAAUGGAACUUAAAGCAGCAGUAUUACACGGGUUACACAGAGAACGAAGUACUGGAAGUCAUGCAGCACAUGGCCAAAAACGUGGUGAAAGUCAAUGAAAACUUAACCAAGUUCACCGCUGUCAAAAACAAGUAUGCAAGCAGCAAACUCCUGAAGAUCAGCACGAUCCCUCAACUGAACUCUAAAGUCAUCAAAGACCUUGCCGCUGUUCUGGUGGGAAGGGCCUAGGCUGCAUGGCCCUCAGGGCUGAGUGCUUCAUUCAUGCAGUUUUUUCUUACUGGAACUCUUGACUUUGUACAUAACCCGCUGGUCUAUUUCAUGAAACCUCUUCUCAGACCAAUUUUCUAAAUGUAUAUUGAGGAAAAAAUAAAGCUAUUGAUUUUUCUUAAGGUA